AAAAAAGAAGCAAAAAGUCCAUUUCAACGUUUGACCCACUUCCUUCUAGCACCACUGUUCUGAGUUCUGCUCGUAGUGUAUUCCAAAUCGUAUCCGAACCAAACUCAAACAGAUGAAAUAACCCACACAGAGAAAAGAUAAACGAGAACAGAAUACAGCAACAAAAUUGAAUUGAAAAAAAGGAAAGAGCGAGUAUGUACCCAAAAGCAAAGCGUGUUUCGGCUAUGGACGGCUGGAAAUGAGAAUUCACCAACCCGAACCCGAAUCCAAAUCCGCAGAGCAGCUGCUUGGCUUGCUCGUUUCAUAGUCGUCUUCUUUCAUUGUUGUUGGUGGAGGUAGUGCGCUUGGCUUUUCCCUGCUUUUGCUUUGCUCUGGUCGGUCUCUGCUUCUGCUCCUCUGGUAUUGUUGUAGGACCAUGCCAUGCCAAUGCUAUAUGCCUUGCCAGGCCAGCCAGCCACCAGCACCAGCCAGCCAUCCAGCCAGCCCCAGCAACCACCAGAAACAGCAACUAGCAGCACCAGCAGCCCAGCAGAGCACAGCACAGCACAGUACAGCAGCAGCUGCGAGCUCCGAGCUGAGGUGUCCACGAACGUAUGUAUGUCGCACGCUCUGCUGCUGCUGCUGCUGAUUUGGUUUGGGUUGUGGUGUUUUUUUAUUUUGUUGAGUUUUUUCUGUAGAUACUUCUAUGGAACUGGAUGAUGACGAUGACGAUGAUGACUGUGCUCUAGCUGGGCUGUUGGCGCUGCAUAGCUUGCCUGCCAACGCUGAAACGUUCAGUUGAGCGUGGACUCUCCGCUAGAGAAGGUUACCGAGAACAUAGAACCGAGAAUAAAAUUUAGCUUGUGUCUUUCUUCUGUGCCCUGUUUACUGUUUUUAUCGCCCUCACAACUCAGUGCUUUCGUUCUUACUGUUGUUGUUGUUUAAGCACUGUCGGCGGGGUCUCCUUCCUGUUCUUCUUCAUUUGCCGCCUGACUGACUGUCAGUCAGUGAGUUCCAAAAAAUAACGUUGAAAACAACAAAAACAAAAAAAAACAAGUAACCGACAGAAGGCCAAGUCAGCUCGAAGAAGAAGCAAUAACGGACUCGGAGGCAUCGACACAAAUACAACCAAACGACACGACGACGACUACGAGGACGCCGCCGGGAGUGGGACCUAAGACCACCAUCCAUUGAAUUCCUUGCCAUUGCCAUUGCCUUUGCCUUCGCCAGCCACAGCCACAGCUACAGCCAGAGCCAGCUGACACUCGAACUCUCGAACACCGCAUCACCGUUGGUGGUGGUUGCUUUUGCUUUUGGGUUUUUCGUAUAGCUGGGCAAUCGACUUGGGUUCGGCUUUCGGCUUUUGGCAUUUCCUGCUGCUGGUUGCUAGUUCCCUUUGCUGUGACGACGACGACGACGUGACGUUGCUGUAUUCUACUGCUGCUGCUGCUGCUGUUCGCUAUUGCCUGCUGCUGCCCCUAAGGAGACACACAGAUAGGUCGACUGCGAGUACAUAGGCUCGUAAUACGCUACGCACACAGCUGCGAAACGAGACGAGACGAGCGUUGUGUAUCGAAAAAGUAGAGAACACUCUUUUGCUGAAGUCGAAGUCGACGUCGAAGCUGAAACUGUGUAACGUGAACUACGAAUACGUUAAAACGUUCUCAAUCAUUCAUUGGAGUGUCGCGAGCGCGCAACAACCACCGCACCGGCCGGCUUCGUCAUAGAUUCAUCGCAUCAUCGUUAUCCAGCAAAAGCUAAAAAGCUAUAAGCAGAAUCGAGCUAUAGAUACAAAUUAGUAUCUACGACAACAAAAAUAAAAAAACAAACAUGGCACUCAAAGGAAACUCAUCGAUUGUACUGAACGUGGAAAAAUUCAUCAAAGAUGUGGAAAAUCGACCGGCGAUAUGGAACCGCAAUUAUCACUGUAACAAGCCGUUCCUCGAGCAGAUGUGGGAAGAGUUGUCAUCCAUUCAUCAGUUGCCAAAAGUCGUACUGAAGGCGAAAUGGAAAGGCUUGCGUGACAAUUUUCGAGUCGAAUACAAACGGAUACCGCGGGGGGAUAAUGGGGAUUUCCUGAUCCAACCAGCGGAACAUGAGUCCAAGUGGAUUCACUACUAUGCCCUGCUGUUUCUGACCGAACACAUGCGCCAUCGUCUGCCAAAGACCGAACAAGACACAAUGUUCUUCUUUAACCAAACCAAUCCUCAGGACUAUGAACAGACCCUUGUCGAACCAGACCUCACAAAUGGCCUCAUUCGAAUUCCAGACAGUGACGAGGAAUUCGACGAAGAUGAUGUAGACGAGGACGAGAUGGAAGAACAACCCAAACCUCUUGCAAAUAAACGUCCCUUAGAAUACACCCCUAAAAAACGUUCCCCCCAACAACAGAACUCCUUCAACAGUAUGUCCGACAGCACCAGCCUCUACAAUGAAAAAACCUCAUCGUUCUCAAAUAUAAACAUUCCAUCCCUAAAACUCAAGCGACAACGUCUCUCUGAGGAUAGUAACUUUAAUGGCUCAUCGACGAUGGAAAACUCAGCAGUUCCAGAAGACGAUGACUAUCAUUACUUGUUGAGUCUGCAUCCCUAUAUGAAGCAGCUUAAUUCAGCCCAAAAACUACGAAUCCGCACCAAGAUACAAAAGUUAAUUUUCAAAGAACUCUAUAAGGAGGACUUGGAGGAAAAGUAAAACUAAAGGAACUCUCCCUGGUUCUGAAACUUGAAACAUUCCGAAAAACAAUAAAAAAAAUGUUAAAGACCUCUCUGUCACAAAUAGUCAUAAGAUCAGGAACUAGAUAUAAGUUUUAUGUUUUUAAACUUUCAAUUUUAUUUUUUAGAGUAUGUGCAUUUUAUGCCGAUUAAAAUGACAAUUAACUUAAGAAGCCUACAAAAGAUGAGUAGGGUCCUAUUGUACAUAAUUAAGACUGUUUUCUGUUAAGAUAUUUAUUAGAAUAUUUUUCUUUUUGAAAGUUAUUGUAAUGUAUGUAUGAGUGUAUUUUUGUAUUGUAAAUAUAAAAAUGACAUGAUUU